AACGGAUACAACAGCAGCAGCAGCAACAACAACAACAACAGCCAGGUUUCCAGCAGUAUCCCCCUUUUCAACCGCAGCAACCAGGUAUUGCUCAGCAAUACCAACAGCAGAUUCUUCAACCAUGGCUAAAUCCCCAACAGCAACAACUAAAUAUCCAACAGCAAGGAUUCCCACCACAGCAGCCGGCACAGCAGCCAGGUUUCAUACCGCAACAGCCAUGGAUGCCACCACAGCAACCAGCCGCCCCGCAACAACCGCCUUUCCAGCAGCAGGGACCUAUCGGAUAUCCGCACCAACCCGCACAACAACCAGGCCCACCGGCCCCCGACGAUGACGACGACGACGAUGAUGACGAUGAUGAUGAUAUCCGGGGUCAAGACGCUGUGCGAUGGCCUAGAGGAAUGAAACCAAAGACGCAUGAUAUCCAGGGCAACCAAAUUAUAAAAUGCUCGAGUUGUACCCAAUGGGGUCAUGCCUGUGACGCCAACCCCUCGGUUCCACCAGGUAUGGGCUGCACCGCUUGUCGAAAGCUCGACGUAGAGUGUAAAUGGGGAAGCACGCGCUUACAACCAAGACCGGACGGGUUGACCCAGCCCCUAUGCUGCGAUCAAUGUGCGAAUUCGGGCAUCCACCAAUGUUCCUGGCGCUCGGCAGGGCCUGGUAGGCUCUACACUUGUCAACAAUGCGUAGCUGUAGGUUACCAGUGCACGAUAGGCGGAAGUGACAUCAGAUUCGUUGAUAGCAGUCUGGGGCAAGUAAGCCAUCAUACGUUAACGAAGAACCUUGCAUUCCAGAGCGGCCGUCCGCCGCACCAGGUUGAAAAACAGCCUAACCAAGUCGACAAGUUUUAUCCUCAAAGGCCCCGAAGCGCAAGUCCCCCACGGGAACGUUCUAAAAAAGCUCCACCCAAAGGGAAUUCUUCGGCUGCCGCUAUAGUCCCUCAAGAGCCAGCAGUAUGCCUAACGUGUCAUAAUCGUUGCGACAGGCACUUAUUAAAGGGAACUUCGAGAUUGUGUAAUGCCCAACCGAAUUCGAACCCCCCUCUAAGCUGUACCCGUUGUUCGAGAUGGGGAUUGGUUUGCGUCUUCGGAACGGGUAACGAUCGGAAGAUACUUAACUCACGUCAGGAAAAGCGUAAGUUCCCCGAUGAAAUACCCUCAAAGUGCGCCAACUGCACUUUAAAGGGCAGAAAUUGUGACAGAAAGAGGCCGUGCGAUAGUUGUGUCAUGAACAAUGAGCCUUGUGAAGGAGAGGGCAAGAACUGCUUCUUUCGGGGUGUACCGGGCGAGGAUGGGCCCCUCUAUUAUAUGAAGCUUGGUUAUGGACCAAAUGGAGUUAAUGACCCCCCCGGGGCAAAAGCUCCUCGACCGUUGAUGCCAGAAGGCUACCAUCUCCAGUACCUUAAUUUACUUGGACAGGAGUUGGUACAGCCAGCACCAUUUCCGAACCAGGGUAUUCUUCAGGGCGGUCCACAGAAUCCCCCCCAAGGCAUCCCUCAGAGUCAGAACAGUCCUCACAACGUUCCUCAAGGUAUCCCUCAAUAUCAGGGCGGUCCUCAGAAUAUUACCCAGGGCACCCCCCAGAAUCAGAAUCUUCAGUCCCUCCAACCUGGUACUCUUCAGGGCGGUUUUCAGAAUAUCCUCCCAAACAGUCCCCAGAAUUUGAAUGUGCCCUCCCCUCAAUCCACUGCCGGUUCUAUCACCCCCCAACCUGCCGAUUAUGGGAACCAUGGGCCUCCAAGAGCAAAAUCUCCUGUGUAUUUUGCCCCGAUUGAUCCUCAACUUCAAUUCACUGACCCUGAGUUACUCGAUCCCCGCCUAUGGGUUUCGGAACAGGACAAUGACGUCCAGAUGGGCGGGACUGAUGGAGCGGCUCAAGCGCCUGUUCAACAACAACAACAAGAAGUAAAUCCGCUUGACUUGCUGAAGCAGCCGACGGCAGUGGAAUUGGCGGCACAUGGAAUGCUGAAAUUUAGUGACCCUGGGGAUCAGGCGUUGAUUCCGAAUGUUUCCCGGACGUAUGGGGCACCACCGCCUCCAGGACCUCUAGAACAACCGCAAGCAGGAUACUACCAUCCGACGGAUGGAGACCAGAACGUGGGUUCACCAUCUCCAACAGUCUUUCAUCCCCAAAUCGGGCAGCCCUCGGAAGAGGCUCCUACCAGCCCUUCGCAUGGUACGAAUAUUGGUUCUCCUAGCUGGUCAGGAGAUAACUGGGCUGGGAUGGUGAACUAUUUUUAGGUGGUUACCGUACUUAAGAGAGUAGGUACUGUAUACGCCCUGCCACCUACCUAAACUCGUAGGGGGAGAUAUCCCGCGUAGAUGAGUAGGUUAAUAUAGUUUUACUCCGUAACGUAAACGGAUUCAUUUUGGACGGCGUUAGGGGCAAUGGUUAGCGUCUGUUUAGAUUAGUAUACUACUUAAGCAACAAAGGUAUUAUUCCAG